GUGCACGGUGUCCGACACGGUGGCGCAUGUGCUUAGAAAGUGAAACAACAAAGGAUUACAGUGCACAUUGUUGGAAACAAAAAGUAACGUGGGAACGCUUUCUAUAUGUGUUAUUUUCUCGUAAUUUAGCAAAAAAAUCCGUCAAAAUGUCAACUACGAAAAUGGCAACGAGACAAGUGAAAUCUUCCAACUCAGCGAAUAUAUUAAUGUGCAAACAGUGGUGGAAAGUGUGCUGGAUGUACGGCGACCAGGAGAAAUAUUACAGGCAACUCUACGGCAAGAGGAAACUGAACACUAUCAACUCUGAGUUCCUAAACUUUGACAAAAUGGACUCAAAGAGAUCCGGCGCUCAGAUUACUGAACUAACAGACGAAUUCUUCGACAGCAAUUACGGUUCACAAAUAGACCCUGCGCCGGACGAAAGUAACGCAGAAACGAAAGCGUGGUUCGGUGUCGAAUCGGAACCAAUCUACGGUUUCGAAUCGACGUGGCAAAAAGACCAAAGAAGACAACCGAUUCGACAAAGCUUCGACGAUCUAAAUAAUAUUCUUGAUGAAAAUCUUAACACAGACGCUAUAAAAACGAUGUUACAGAACGGACUACCUCAAGAACCUAAAACGGAGCUGUUGGAUUCCAAAGAACUAGUUCAUCGGAACGGCGAAGUACUCGGAAAGACGUCGAAAACAGUUUGUAAAACUAAAAAAGGUGCAAUAGUUACGGAAGAAACUGAAAUAUGUACGGAUGGAAAGACCACUGCUAAUUUAAGGUUUCAACGGUCGUCAGUGAAAACGGGUCCUAAUAAAGUGAAGGAAGUGCUGCAGCCGGUGAAAGAGAACACAGUGCUAGACGAGUGUCCGCGGAGGAAGUGUGUGGGCGACAGGCUGACAACCACCACCAGGACAUUGGUCACCGUCUCACAGACAUCUACGACCUCUUGCAACGAACCCGUAUGCCGCAACUGCGUGGUAUCGCCGACGGGCUCGUCCCCGCCGCCGCUGCACGAGCAGGCGGCUUCGCCCCCGCCGCCCGCGCCGCCCUCUCCGCGCGCCUCGCCACCCGCGCCCACCACACACCCAGCGCUGCCCUCGCCGCAGCCCAGCCACAGCGGCUCCUCCGCGCCAAGCCAAUGCAACUCGCCCCAUCCCUACUCCUAUCCUAACUUCCGGCGCAGUCAGCCGCCGCCAGGGCAGGCAUUCCCUGAGUACAACCUGCUGCAUAGCCACAGCGUGUCCCAGCUGCACCAACCCGGCCAGAGUUACCGGUCGCCGCAGUCCCCGCAGUCCGCCAUGUCGCUCUCCCCGCACCCCGCCCCUCAGGGCAAGCUGCGCGGUCUGCUGGAGCACGCCGAGCGACUCAUGAAGCCCGGGGACCCCCACCGCCACUCGCAAAGCGAUGACGACUCCGGAUGUGCCCUAGAGGAAUACACCUGGGUCCCGCCUGGACUGCGACCUGAGCAGGUGCAUCUGUACUUCUCAGCGCUGCCGGAGGACAAGGUUCCGUACGUGAACAGCGUGGGCGAGCGCCACCGCCUCAAGCAGCUGCUGCAGCAACUGCCGCCACAGGACAACGAGGUGCGAUACUGCCACGCGCUGUCGGAUGAGGAGCGCAAGGAGCUGCGGCUGUUCAGUGCGCAGCGCAAGCGAGAAGCUCUGGGCCGCGGACAGGCGCGCCAGCUGCACGCGCCCGCGCCUUGCGAGAGGUGCGAGGAGACGAUGUCUGCGGGCGACAUGUGCGUGACAGCGGCGCGCGCUGGACCGGCAGCACGCUGGCACCCCGGCUGCUUCGUCUGCACAUCCUGCCAGGAGCUACUCGUCGACCUAGUCUACUUCUGGAGAGACGGCCGCCUCUACUGCGGCCGUCACCACGCUGAAACGCUCAAGCCGAGGUGUUCGGCAUGCGACGAGAUAAUACUGGCGGACGAGUGCACGGAGGCGGAAGGGCGCGCGUGGCACAUGAAGCACUUCGCGUGCGCCGAGUGCGCGCGCCAGCUGGGCGGGCAGCGGUACAUCAUGCGCGAGGCGCGCCCCUACUGCCUGCCCUGCUUCGACGGCCGCUUCGCCGAGUACUGCGAUGCAUGCGGCGAGCCCGUCGGCGUCGACCAGGGCCAGAUGUCGCACGAGGGUCAGCACUGGCACGCCACCGAGCGCUGCUUCGCCUGCCACACGUGCCGCGCCAGCCUCCUCGGUCGGCCCUUCCUGCCGCGCCGCGGCGCCAUUUACUGCUCCAUCGCAUGUUCGCGCGGAGAGCCGCCCACGCCCUCCGACUCCUCGGGGCCUGGCCCGCGACCACCGCGCGUCCCGCGCCCCCGCCGUGCGCCUUCACCGUCGCUCCGCUCACCAAACUCGCCGCGCGCCUCCCCGCAGCGGGAAACCUCACCACCGCCCGACGCGGACUCGGAGCCGAGUGCGUCGCUUGCACCGGACUCGCCCGCGCCGCAGCCACCGCCACCACCCCACGCCUGUCUCAGCCUCGACCGGGCGCUGGCAGACCUCAGGCUGGAGCAAUCGAUCACCGAACAGAACCAAAUACAACCGACGCCGACCUCGGAGGAGAACGAGGAGCGGGCGGAUUGGCGGCCACCGCCUCCAGUGGAGGCUCAGGCGCUGGUGGCGCAGGGUCACGCCUCCUCCAUGCCAGAGCUGACAGGCGGCGAGAGACGGCGGGCGCGCGGGGGGCGCACUGUGCGCUUCUGCGGCGAUGACAACCGCGCCUUCGAGCCGGACGAACCGGCACGCCGAGAGCGGGCGCGCGAGGAGGAUGCGAGCAGCUACUGCAGCACAUGCUCGUCAUCCUCGUCUUCGACGGAGUCGUACAGCCUUCCGACGCGGCGCGCUUACGGCGGCGUACGCAUCUCCUACGUGCCCAACGACGCAGUAGCGUGCGCGCGCCGCGAGCGCCGCCGCAAAAGCGCUGGACAAGACAAGAACUGUAUCAUCUCGUGAUAGCGGCUCCCCUCAGCCCCUCAGCUCCUAGUGACGUUAACCUCCGACCGAAAGACUGACUUUUUGAUAGUUUUUUUUAGCACAUAACGCCAUAGUAAUCUAAUUAAUAUUGUAGAAAAAUCGUCUUCCUCAUAAAAGAUAAUACUCAAUAUGUUGCUCAAAGUCGAAAUAUUAAAAUAGUAACGUCCUUAAACAGACGGUCUUGCACAUCCACGCCGCUGUUCUUCUUCGUGCUUGCUCCGCGUCAUGUGACAUUGCACAUGAACGCAUAUGAAUGUGUUUAUAAUACUUUAAUUAACAAGCUUUAUUUAUUUUACAAUUAUUUUGAAUUACCUGUACAAUAUUUUGUCUUGGUGGGACAUACCAAUAUUGUAGCAUUAUAUUUGUACAAAUUGCCUU